AAUUUUGCCUUUACUUGCCGUUAUCGCUCAUAUAAUAAGCUUCAAACGGUAAAUAAAUAUGAUUUUCUUACAUAUUCUUUUUAGAUAGUUUUUGUCAAUCGUCAUUUAUGAUUUCUAUAAACUUCUUAAUUGUUUACAACCCUAAGAGCGCCACCUAUCGCAUACAAAAAGCAAAAUAAAGAGCAAAAUAAUCGAUUGCGAAUACGCCAACGUCGUUUUCUGUAGAUUAAUAUUAAUGAGCACAGUCACAGCUGCAAAGCGCCUGCUGGGUUUUUCGAACUCCAAAAGUAAGUCCAUAAACCGGAAUAUUUUGUUGCAGUGCAUUAUCGAUCUGGAUUUAUAUUAUCGUAGGAAAGGAAUUUGAAAGAAAUUGGCAGAAAAUUGGGCGGCGUUCAGGUCGUUGUGAAGAAACAGCUGUUUUAAGAUAAUUAGUGCAGAAGUAGUCAAGUGAUCUUUAGUUGUGUAGGAUUAUGUGGGACAAUUAGAAUCUAAAAGACAAUAUGGAACAGUCUAGUCUAGUAGAGGAUACAGAAGAUAAGAGAAAAAAGGCACCAGAUUGGGAGAGAUUCGGUCUCAGUAAUGAACAACGUAAAGAGACAGAAAAAGGACAAGAAGUAGAAGGAAUUUAUCAAGAUGAUUCGCAAAGAAAUGAACUUUUUAGCGAAGAUCAGUCAGCUAGGAGUAAACCAUGGUGGAUGUCCACAUUUUUCAUAACAGAACCUGUUUUAUUUGGAACGUGGGAUGGUGUAUUUACAUCAUGUAUGAUAAAUAUAUUUGGUGUGGUUAUCUUUUUACGAACAGGCUGGAUGGUCGGCAAUGCUGGAAUAGGCUUUUCUAUGCUGAUUAUUCUCAUGACCAUUGCUGUAGCUUUAAUAGCCGUUAUGAGUGCUAUAGGAGUAUGUGAACGUUGUAGAAUGGAAAGUGGCGGCGUAUACUUUCUAAUAAGUCAUGUACUUGGUUCUCGGAUAGGUGCUUCCGUCGGAAUCGUCUAUUGUUUUGGACAGGCUGUCGCUUGCUCUUUAUACGUUGUAGGUUUUGGAGAAUCUAUUGCCGCUCUAUUCAAUAACCACAACGAAUGGGUUUCAAGAGGUAUAGCCAUUGGAGUAGUUUUCCUAUUACUGGGUAUAAAUGUAGCAGGAGUAAAAUGGGUUAUACGUCUUCAACUCCUAUUGCUUACAAUCCUAUUCGUUGCCGUAUUGGAUUUUCUUGUUGGUAGUUUUGUCCAUACUGAUCCAGAUCAUGGAUUUAUUGGAUAUGAUUCUUCAACGCUAGCUAACAAUACCCAUCCAGGUUAUCUACCGGGUGAAACCUUUUUCACCGUGUUCGGUGUCUUCUUCCCAACGGCUACUGGAGUUUUUGCUGGUAUUAACAUGUCUGGAGAUCUUAAGAAUCCAGCAAGAAAUAUACCGAUAGGCACUUUGUCUGCGGUUGGAGUGAGCUCCUUCCUUUAUCUGGCUUUUUCCGUCGUUUUGGGCGCAACUUGCCUAAGAGACGUUUUACAAACGGAUUAUAUGAUUGCCGAAAAGGUUUCCGUAGUUGGUGUUCUCUUCCUCUGUGGACUUUACAUCUCCUCCAUUUCGUCCUGUAUGGGCGGUUUGUACGGAGCUCCACGGAUUCUUCAAUGCAUAGCCACCGAGAACGUUAUACCCCAUCUCAAAUUUCUUGGUCACGGGAGAGGAGCGAAUAAGGUUCCAGUAUAUGCUUUAGUAGUCGUCACACUCGUCACUCUCCUUUUCAUCUUUAUUGGAAAUGUUAACACUCUUGGACCGAUAGUAACCAUGCCAUUUAUGUUGACUUACGCAGCCGUCGAUUAUACUUAUUUUGCUCUUGCGAUGAGUUUUGAUAAGAGAUCGAAACGAGAAAAGAGAUAUGCCGAAGGUCUCUUAGAUUCUGAAGCUUCACCUGAGCAUAAAUCAGCAUCUGGGUAUGGUUCAAUCAAGAAAAAAGAUGAUUUAGAUAAUCUAUUUCCGGAAAGAAGGCAGCACGAACCAGGACAACAGGAAGUUAAACCAACCAAUGAUCUAAAUUCUCCAACCUUUUACGAAACGGAGAAAAAUCCUACUAACACUGACGAUACCACAGGACUGUUGGAUUCCAAUGCUCCAAGAUCUGCCAAUGCAGAAAUUACCAGACAACCUCGAUCCUUCUACUCAUUCUUUUGCAACCGUUGGUUUUCCCUCAUUGGGUGCGCUGCCUCCCUGCUUAUUAUGUUUAGUAUUCAAUGGAUCUAUGCUCUAUGUAAUAUAGCUGUUGUUUCCGUUGUUUUCCUCUAUAUUGGUCAAACAAAUCCGGGUGUCUUCCCUGGAAUAGCAGAGUUUAGUCUAUUUAUAUGGAUAAGAGACGGAGUGAAAAAUUGUUGUCGAAGGGGUGAUGCCCCCCAAGAGCAAAUGAUAAUUCAAUCCACCGGACCUAAUUUGUGCACAAAGCCGGCUCAAUUGACUGAAGAUAACGAAGAUUUUGCAGAAAGAGGACGAUAUCAUCAAUCAGAAGUGGUAAAACGAGAAAAUUUCGAUGACUACGAUUAA